CGAAGGCUAAGGGAUGGGGGAUGGCCCCCUCAGCCCCUAGGUAGUUCCGUCCCUUUUUUGCCUUCUCUGACAAAAUAGCUUAGAACGAAGCAUUUGGCCCACAAAUGUUAAUGCUUAAAAUUAUUACACACACACAUUGUGGCCAGAAAUCUAAGCAUAUAGGUUCAGAAUCUGGAGAGUUUUUCCACAACCCCUUGUCUCUUUCUCACUCUGUUGCACACGCUCACACACAAAGGACACACAAGCCACAUUGUUGUUGUUGUCAUGUUACUCAUGUACCUGUGUUUCCAAUUUUGUUGAGAUUUUUGUUUGUGUGAGAUUGAGGGAUACUUCUUUAGUUCUUUUGUCAUCUGGGUAAUUUUAGUUUGUUGGGUCUUGUCUAGUUAUAAAUUUUUGUUUUGUUUUGUUUGUUUGUUUUGUUUUGUUUUUAUUCUUAAAUAAAGGCUUUCAUGCGUAAAGACCGGUGGGGAUUCUUGGGAAAGUAAGAGACAGGUUUGUGGUUUGAAUUAGGAAGGUGUUGUCUUUAUUGGGAGUUGAGGUUUCAAAGCUAAAGUGUGAAAAUUGCUUGUGGCUUUCAAGCUGGGACAGUUAAAGGCACUUUCUUUUCUUCUGGAUGAUGGUUAUGUGGUUUUGAAAACUGAUACAAGUUUCUGAGUGGGAAACUUCCUCGGUUUUUCUGUGCAAGUGAAAGGCUUUAAUAAGUCCGGUUGCUCCAAAGAACUUGGAAGCCGGCUAUAAAGGCAAUUUGGUGAACUGGCAUACUCAACUAUGUCUGAAUAUGAUUAUCAAUAUCCAUCCAAGGAUGAGAGGAGAAUUCCAAUAUGCAUUUUCUUUAAACACGCAAGACAAAUUUUUAAACUGGACGAACUUGGUUCAGAAAUAGCACAGAUUGCUUUGCCAGCUGCAAUGGCUUUGGCAGCUGACCCUAUUGCUUCUCUUAUUGACACAGCAUUCAUUGGCCAAAUAGGUCCAGUGGAACUUGCAGCUGUAGGAGUUUCGAUUGCACUAUUCAAUCAAGUAUCAAGGAUUGCAAUAUUCCCACUUGUCAGUGUCACUACAUCUUUUGUUGCAGAGGAAGAUGCUAUUGGAAGUGUGAGCCAUGAAGCACAGGAUUGUGAACACUUGGAAACAGGUUCAACUACGAAUGGGGAAGACAAAGAGUUGAUUCCAAAAAAUGGUACAUGCGAGAAUGCAUACAAGUCACAACCAAAUGGUGGGAGCUUUGAAAUAGUUAAGAUUGACAAUGAAAGAAGGCAUAUUCCAUCUGCCUCAUCAGCAUUAGUUAUUGGCAGCAUACUUGGCCUCAUACAAGCCAUAUUCCUCAUAUUGGGAGCAAAACCUCUAUUAGGCUUCAUGGGAGUUAGUUCUGAUUCUCCAAUGCUAACUCCUGCACAACAGUACUUGACAUUGAGGUCACUUGGUGCUCCUGCAGUUCUUCUUUCAUUGGCCAUGCAAGGGGUGUUUCGUGGAUUUAAGGACACAAAAACACCUUUAUACGCCACUGUGGCAGGAGAUGUAACAAACAUUAUACUUGAUCCACUAUUUAUGUUUGUUUUCCAUAUGGGUAUCCGUGGGGCAGCCAUUGCUCAUGUUAUAUCUCAGUACCUAAUUUCAGUUAUACUCUUGUGGAAAUUAAUGGAAAAAGUUGAUCUCUUACCUCCAAGUAUCAAGCAACUGCAAUUUGGUCGAUUUCUAAAAAAUGGUUUUCUACUAUUAAUGAGGGUCAUUGCUGCGACAUUCUGUGUGACUUUGGCUGCAUCAAUGGCUGCACGCUUGGGGCCAACACCCAUGGCUGCAUUUCAAGUUUGCUUGCAGGUUUGGUUGACAACAUCACUUCUUGCUGAUGGGUUGGCUGUUGCUGGGCAGGCAAUACUUGCAAGUGCAUUUGCAAAGAAGGAUUACAAGAAGGCUGAAGCAGCAGCAUCCCGAGUAUUUCAGUUGGGAUUGGUUCUUGGUUUGAUACUUGCAACCAUUGUUGGAGUGGGGCUACAUUUUGGAGCACGAUUAUUUACAAAGGAUGUUCAUGUCCUCCACCUUAUUAGUAGAGGCAUUCCGUUUGUUGCAGCUACUCAACCUAUGAAUGCUUUGGCCUUUGUUUUCGAUGGCAUCAACUUUGGAGCAUCUGAUUUUGCAUAUUCAGCUUAUUCCAUGAUUAUGGUGGCUAUUAUCAGCAUUCUAUAUCUAUUUCUUGUCUCCUCUGGUCAUGGGUUCAUUGGAAUCUGGGUUGCCCUGACCAUCUUCAUGAGUCUUCGUGCAUUUGCUGGUUUUUGGAGGAUAGGGACAGGAACAGGUCCUUGGAACUUUCUCCGCAGCUAAUGACAUUGGUUAUGGUUCCAUAGUUUCUCCAUAGAUUUAUUCUCAGGGAAACUAUUCCUGUGGCAUGCGUUAAGUCCAGCCCAGGACAUUUCUCCUCCAUAUACUUCUUUGUACAGAAAAAUGGAAAAUGUUCAUAACAAGAAAAUAGAGAAAUGAAAUAUUUAGAGCAAGUUCUAUAUUAACCUAUUAUAAUUAGGGAUUGUUGUAAUGAUAUUCUUUCAGACUGCAAUAAUUCCCUUUAAAAAUUUGUCAUAUUAUAUUCCCUUAAAAAGAGUUACCUACUCUA